UCCAAAUAGGACCUGGCAACUGUCUGCCUUUAGUGGACAUCGGCGCGAGAGUAUAGCUGAGGCUCCCUGGUGCACUCCCGUCUCCCACUCUCUUUCUGGCUAGUAGUGGCAUUACGUUAGUUAGUGGUUAAUAGCAAUCCCUAAUGAGUGUGUGUUAUCAUAAGUAGCGUUGUGUAGAAGUAUACACUCUAAGCAAGCCCACACCAUAAGGUAGCUGGGUGUAAGGGGAGUGUUAAGUGAUACUUGUCCAAGAAAGAGGAAAAAACAUCUACGGUUGACAACAUGAGUACGCAGCCCUCGACACGAUUCAGCGAUGGAUACGAGCUCAAGGAAGAGCUGGGAAAAGGAGCUUUCUCCGUGGUGCGACGAUGUGUGCAGAAGACCACGGGCCUCGAAUUCGCCGCCAAGAUCAUCAAUACGAAGAAGCUUUCUGCCCGAGAUUUCCAAAAGCUGGAGAGAGAGGCAAGAAUUUGCAGAAAGCUCCAGCAUCCUAAUAUAGACCACAACGAUCCUCACCAUGUCACAAGACUGCUUGUUCGACUUCACGAUAGUAUACAAGAAGAAUCUUUCCAUUACCUGGUUUUCGACUUGGUGACAGGAGGCGAGCUUUUCGAAGACAUCGUAGCCCGAGAAUUCUACAGCGAGGCCGACGCAUCGCACUGUAUUCAGCAAAUUUUAGAAAGUGUAAAUCAUUGUCAUCAUAAUAAUAUUGUACAUAGAGAUUUGAAGCCAGAGAACUUGCUUUUAGCAAGUAAAGCCAAGGGAGCUGCCGUGAAACUGGCUGAUUUUGGUUUAGCCAUUGAAGUUCAAGGAGACCAACAAGCAUGGUUUGGUUUCGCUGGUACGCCAGGUUAUCUAUCGCCAGAAGUGCUAAAAAAAGAACCUUAUGGCAAACCAGUAGACAUUUGGGCGUGUGGUGUGAUUCUCUACAUCCUCCUUGUGGGUUACCCACCCUUCUGGGACGAAGAUCAACACAGGUUAUACGCCCAAAUCAAAGCAGGAGCUUAUGAUUAUCCUUCACCUGAGUGGGACACAGUAACACCUGAAGCCAAAAAUCUUAUUAAUUCAAUGUUAACAGUUAACCCUGCCAAGCGUAUUACAGCUGCAGAAGCUCUUAAACACCCAUGGAUCUGCCAACGUGAACGUGUGGCUAGUGUUGUUCACAGGCAGGAGACUGUUGAUUGCUUGAGAAAGUUCAAUGCCAGAAGAAAGCUAAAGGGUGCGAUCCUGACGACAAUGCUGGCGACCCGCAACUUCUCCAGUAAGUACGAGGCACAGGGUCGUUCCAUCAUCACCAAAAAGGGAGACGGGUCACAGGUGAAGGAGAGCACAGACUCCAGCACGACUAUAGAAGAGGAGGAUGUUAAAGACAAGUCGAAGUCUCAAGUUGAUAGAAGUACCACUGUGAUCGCCAGAGAUGUUGAAGGAGGAGAGGACAAAACCAAAACGACUGCAGCAUCGGUGGUGGGCGCAAUGGCGGGAUUAAAGAACAGUUUAUUAUCGGGCGGAGGAAGCAGUGGCGGCGGUAGCACAGGAGCGAAACCAGCUUCAACUGCAGGUGGUGGUGCAGGAGGCUUGAUGGCAGCUGUGGCUGCUGCAGCUGCGGCUGCAGCAUCCUCUACUGCCCCUGCAACACCAUCUACAGCGGCCAAUCCUUCUGCCACAAGUAAAGAAAGUAGAUCAGACACAAACGCCGAGCCCACACGACCAGACCGCAAACCCAGUAGUGGACAGGUGAACAGUUCGCAGCUAGUCACCACUCAUCUCAAUAGCGCCAAUAGGAACAACAAUGUUUUGGACCCACGUAAGCAAGAGAUUAUUAAGGCAACUGAACAGCUGAUCGACUGUAUAAAUAGUGGAGACUUUGAAGGCUAUACCAAAAUAUGCGACACGCAUCUGACCUCCUUCGAACCAGAGGCGUUAGGCAAUUUAGUGGAGGGCCUGGAGUUCCACAAAUUUUACUUUGAUAAUGUUCUUGGGAAAAAUUGUAAAGCUCUCAACACAAUGAUCCUAAAUCCACAUGUCCACCUACUUGGAGAUGAUGCUGCGUGUAUUGCUUAUAUUCGACUAACCCAGUACAUGGACAAACAAGGACAAGCUCACACACAGCAAAGUGAAGAAACGAGGGUAUGGCAUCGUAAAGAUAAUAAGUGGCAAUGCAUACAUUUUCAUCGUUCUGGGUCACCUUCUUCCCCUUUUGCACUUGGUACUAAAUAGAACUGAGGACUACUAGGGGUACCAGUUACCCUGAAGAUGUGCGUUAUCAGGUCAGCCUCUGUGGAAUAUCAUUGGUUGGAAAUAUAUCAAGAUUAUCCCUCACCAGUGUUCAGGCCUCAUUAAAGCCAUCCAGCUUUUAAUGACCAAAGUGCUUCGAGACCUGAGAUGGUAUUUAUUUGUUGGGAAGAACUACUUUUAAAUGAACAGUGUUCUAACCAUGAUAGUUCUGCAGAUAGUCAGCUAGAUUCCUAGAAUUCUAGGAACAUGUUGACAUACGAUUAUGCCAGAUUAACAUUGGUUAUCGAUGGUUGCCUAUAUUUUGAAAAUUGAAUGUUCCCAUUGUACCAUUGCUACCGAGUAUAUUAUUAGAUGUGUGGCAUAAUUUUAGAUUUAAAGCAAACUCUCUUUGUUGGACAAUUCUUCAGUGAUAAUGUGCACAAUUUAUGGCUCAUGAAUUUCUCAGAUGCUAGAUAGAGAAAUUGAUAUAUACAUUGUAGGAAUGCAUUUCUUCUAAGCAUAUUACAUAUGCCUAAUAAACAGAAUCAGUUCUUGUAAGCAACAGCUAUUUCUAAAUAAUUCUAUUCUAUAUGGAAACGUUAACACUGAUAAAAAUGUUGAACAAUAAUUGUCGUUGAUGAGUAACGAGCUGCGGGUAUCAGUGUCGAAGCUUCAUCACCUCCCCAUCGUGUUUAAAUGAGAAUGCCUCAUCAUCUAGUGCUUCAGAAUCCACAUGGCUAAAUCAUCAAAAUCCGGUUGUAAAAAAUUUAUAUACAUUUUUUAUUUUUGUUAAGUAUUUUAUACAUUUCAUCUGUAUAUUAUUUUAUGAAAAUAUGUACGUAUAUGUAUAUGAGGAUUUGUGACUUUGUGUACAUGCACGAAAUGCAAAUUCAUACUUACACAUAUACGGAUAUACAUUCUAACCUGGAUACAUAGACAGUUAUACAUGCACACAUGGAAUAUCAAGAUUAUCCAGAGUACAUGGGACCAAGACCAUAUGGAUGAUUGAAAUUUUUGGAUAACUGAAUAGUCACACCCUUAUAAUAUGAAUGUAUCGGUAAUUCUGGCAGUUUUGUUGUUUAAUAUAAAUCGCCAUUUAUGUUAAGAGUUUAAAAAAGCUCUAAUUAAAAUCAUAUUCAAAACACGUAACAUCUGUGAAAUCUUAACUUUCAAAACAUUUAUUAGUGUGAAACAUUGCCUUGUUAUACACCAUAGUUCUGUUUUGAUUAAAUCACAUAACCAGAACAAAAUGCGCUCACCAAAUGGAGAGAAAUUAU